UAACUUCAUUCAGCAAGAAUGUAGUUGCAAGUUUUGAUUAUCAAAAAUGUCCACUUUAAUGUGGUCUUGUCCAUGUUGCUUGCGUUUUAAAUUUAGUCCAGAGGAAUUAGAACAACGUUAUAAAAGUCAAGAGAUUGAUAAGAUGAUAGAAAAGGAUAAACAGGCCAUGAAAAGACAAGUGAAGGUUUUGCUAUUAGGUGCAGGGGAGAGUGGCAAAUCAACAUUUCUGAAGCAAAUGAGAAUAAUACACGGAAUUAAGUUUGAAAAUGAUCUAAUUAGAGAAUAUCAACAAGUGAUAUAUCAAAAUUUAGUUAAAGGGAUGAAAGUGCUUGCUGAUGCUAGGGAAAAACUGGGUAUUCCGUGGGGUGACAAUAACAAUGUUGACUUAGGUAGAGAGUUAUUUCAGUUAGACCACGGUUUGGUAUUGAGCCCCGUACGAUUUAACCACUACAGUUCUUUACUUUCAAGACUUUGGCAGGAUUCUGGUAUUCGCAGAGCUUUCGAUAGACGAAGAGAAUUCCAACUGAGCGACUCUGUGGAGUACUUUUUCAACAACCUGGAACGGAUAGCUAGACCAGAUUACAUCCCAACGAAUAAAGACAUACUUCAUUGUCGUAAAGCAACGAAAGGUAUCACAGAAUUCGUGAUACCUAUAAACAAUAUUCCAUUCUUAUUUGUAGACGUUGGUGGCCAAAGAUCGCAGCGACAAAAGUGGUUUCAGUGUUUUGAUUCCGUCACUUCGAUAUUAUUUCUCGUUUCCUCUUCAGAAUUCGACCAAGUAUUACUGGAGGACAGAAUAACUAACAGAUUAGAAGAAUCCAAGAAUAUUUUUGACGCAAUCGUUAAUAAUAUCAUAUUUGGAAAUGUUUCCAUUAUACUGUUUUUAAAUAAAUUCGAUUUACUGGAAAGGAAAGUGGGAAAUCCCGAAACAGAUAUACGCUGGUAUUUCCCACAAUUCACAGGAAAUUCCCACUCGAUGCAAGAUGUACAAAAGUUUAUUCUGUCAAUGUUUACAGGAGUGAAGAGAAACCCAAAGAAACCAUUAUAUCAUCAUUUCACGACAGCCGUCGAUACCGAAAACAUUAAGGUAGUGUUUAACUCAGUAAAGGAUACUAUACUACAUCGAAACUUGGAGAUUCUAAUGUUGGAGUGAGUGAAUUUCUUUAGCAUCUCAAAGUGUCUUUUUUGUUAAUAGGCUGUGUUAAACACAAGAUAAAUUUAAUUGAAGACUGACUAAGUUUAAAUUAGUCCUAAUUUUUAGUUUUAGACUAUUUAAAUUUUAUCGAAUUCUUGAGGUAUAUAUUAAAGUACAAUGUGUAUAUUUAUCAAAAUUACAUAAAUGUGAUACAACUAUAUAUUGAUGUUAUAUAAUGAAUGGCGAAGAUAUCCCAAUAUCUUCAAUUAUUAGAUCUAUUGGAGUCUCGAAUUUUCUAUUUUAUAAUUGUCGUAAUUAUUAUGUGAACACGUUAAUUCUCUUUGACAUAAAACUCAAUGUAUCGAGCCGUUUAUUUCAAGUUGGUUGCCACAUUUCGUUUAUUAUACAUAUAUAUGCAUAUUUAUAUAUCAUAUCGUCUUAACCAAAGAAAGAAUAUUUUAUACCUCUUGUAACUGUAAUAAUGAGAAAUUAAUCUUACUUUAACUUCCCACACGAAAGUAAUUUCACAUUUUUGUAGUUUUUUAUAAUUACGUAAAGUAAUAUAUUGAGUAUUUAUAAUAAUCGAUACCAAUUUUGUACCAAUAAUCGUUUCCAACAAUAUUGAUAACUGCCAGUUGUGCCUAAAUGAUUUGUUUUUAACAUAGCUAGGUGUACAAUAUAUUUAUAGAUAAGAGUUAUGUGAUAAAUUGGCAACUGCUGGAAAUCAUCCGAAAAAUCAUUAUUAUGUAUUUGGCCAGUAAAAAUUGAUCACGAAAAAGGUUAUUGGAAAUAAUUUGUUAUGUUUUAUCGAUGGACAAACAACCAAAAAACAAAAUGAUUUUCUAAGUAAUUGAAAAACCACAUUUUCCCGUAAUUAUUAAAUGUUGCUAAACCGUUUUGAAUGAAUUCUCACCUCAAUAUUUAACCAAAUGAAAAUCAUGUGUUUAGAAAAAAAUCCAAGAUACAAAAUCCUGUAUUCGUCCCUGGGUUAUUAUUAUCUUGACAAGUAUGAAGCCUUAUUAAUAUUUUGAUUUUUGUACAAAUUACAAAUAUAAAAAAUCAUGUUCAUUUUUUUUUUAAAUACGAGUUUGCCAUCGAAUAUAUUUCCAGUAAUAUACAAAACUAUUAUACUCUAUAAACAGCAUUUAAAAAAAAAUGUAAUUUACUCAUUUUUAUGUAUAUAAUAUUGUACAUAUAAAAAAUGUAUUAUUUUUAUAGAACUUUAUGUAGUAUUAAAUAAAUGCCUUCCUAAAUGAGAAAAAGUAUAAAUAGACAACUUUUUAUAUCUUCUGUUUAUAAAUGUAUACUAUAAAUCUGUCGUUUAAUUAAAUAUUUUUAUUAUAAUUUAUGUUAUACAUAUCUGAAGUUUACUAAAUUCGAAGUACAUUAUCAUUUAAAAGUUAGUGCCGCAGGCACAAAAUAUAAUUAAGAAAUCAUUAUGCUUUUUGAUUAAUUUAUAUA